UAAGAAGGUCGAUCGCGUAUAAAAGGAGGCCAAGCAGAGACGAGCGGCACCCCAGCCGACUUCUCACCUGAACAACAUGAAAACUAUCCUCGUUGCUCUUCUCAUCUUUGCGCUCGCCAACCAAGGCGAGGCACUGGAGUGUUACUGCGGAGGACGCCGUGUUUGUGCGGGAGGGAAAGAGACAUGCGGCGCUGGAAGUGAUGCAUGUGCCGCUGUCUUCUUUGAAGUCGGCUCCUCUCCCAGCUACUUUAAAGGCUGCAGCUCGUUGUUUAACUGCCAGCUGAUGAACAGGCCCGGCAUCUCCACAGCUGCCUGCUGCACCACCGACUUGUGCAACAGAUGAAGUUCAUCAUUGGUAACGGCAUUUGCUACUUACCUCACUGAAUGAAGAAUAAAAACAUGCUUUGGCUGUGA